UAAAAACAACCAGUUGUUUCAGUUUUGAAAGAGAACGGCAACAAAAGAUUUAAUAUUGAUUUAAUUAUUGUGACGUUUCUGUUUUGGGGAUACACGUUAUUUUCCGUUUUUAACGGCGGUUUUGCCGUUUCCGUUUGUGUGCCGUCAUGUCGGGGAUGGAGCAUCUCAGACGGCUAGUCAGCGAGCGGCUAGCGGCUGCUGCUGAUGAAAUCUUCGGGUUUGUGGAGAAGACAGUCGCGGAUUAUCAGGAGGAAAUCGUCCGGUCCAGGAGCGAAAUCAUCCAGCUGAGACAGCAGAUAGGGCAGCUGACUGUUUUACAACCUCGUGUGUUUUUAUUUAAAGAAGACCAAAGUCAGCCUCCAGUGGAGGAGAAAAAGGAGACUCAGCAGGUUAAAGAAGAGCAGCUGGAUGUCUGCAUCAUCCCAGACCUGGACAGUGAUUCUACAGAGGAUGACAAGUUCACACGGCAUGACUCAGAUCCAGUUACUCAAACAAACUCCCAGCUGUUGCCAAGCAAUAGCUCCAUCACUGUGACCAUAAAUGACGAUGAUGGGGAGUGGAUUGGGAAUUUAGGCUCUGGUUUAUCCCAACAUGGCCCAAGUCGUGGUUCCUUUUUCCAGCACGAACAAACCGUGGACAGUAAGACUUGUCGUAUAUGCGGUUUAACGUUCAUGAGGGACUGUGAUCUGAUCAGACACGUGGAAGAAUCUCACUCAGGGCAGAAAGCUUUCAAAUGCUCAGAAUGUCACAAGGAGUUCACCCGUAAGGACAGCCUGACUUUGCAUCUAAGAGUUCACACAGGUGAAAAGCCACACCGCUGUCAUUUCUGUGGGAAAUUCUUCACCCAGACUUCCAACCUCAGAGUUCACAUGAGGAAACACACGGGUGAAAAACCGUACUUCUGCAAUUCGUGUGGGAAAAUGGUUGCACAUUCCUAUCACCUAAAGACAUGCUCCAGACGUUCUUCAGGUCAGAUGGAUCUCAGCGGGCAGAGGUCAUUGAGCUGAUCACUUUGUGCCAAAAUCUCCAGCUCUGUGAAAGCCAUACAGUCACAUGCAAGGCUUUGAUCUGACCAAAAAUAAUUCCUGGUGUUAUUCUAAAGUAAUAUUAGAUUCUAUUUAAAAUGGUGUGAAAUGAUUUUUACCCCUUAAAGUCUGUAUUUAACAGUUGUAUGUUUACAAGGUGUAAUAUUUAAUUUCUCCCACAGCUAAUUGUUAUGUAAAUCUUGUUAAAUUAAGAAAAAAUAAUAAACAUUUGUUACUGUUGUUUA